AUGGGGAGAGUGAGCCUCAAAGAAAUGAAAUGUCUUCCCAAGGACCACACAGCUACCGUCCCUAUGUGUGAAUUAAAUUCAGGGAACAUGACGAUGAAGGAAAAAGACCCAGAGAGCAGAUAUGACACGGACCAGCUUCACUGGUAUGAAAAGUACCUCCAGCCCUGCAUAGUGGAGCUGCUGGGCUCAGCUCUCUUCAUCUUCAUUGGCUGCCUGUCCGUCAUCGAGAAUGUUGAGGGGGUUGGUCGGUUACAACCUGCACUGGCACACGGGUUGGCCCUUGGUGUCACCAUUGCCUUCUUGGGAAAGAUCAGUGGCGGUCAUUUCAAUCCAGCUGUCUCCUUGGCUGUCAUGUUGAUUGGAGGCCUGAAUUACAUGAUGCUCAUCCCAUUCUGUAUCUCCCAAGUGGUUGGAGGGAUCAUAGGAGCUGCUUUAGCCAAGGCGGUGAGCACAGAAGAGAGAUUCUUAAAUGCUUCUGGGGCAGCCUUUACAACCAUCGGAGGGGAUGACCAGGUGGGUGGUGCUGUGGUGGCUGAGAUCGUCAUGACGUUGUUCCUGAUCUUGACCGUCUGUAUGGCAGCUGUCAAUGAGAAAAGCAAGAGUCCAUUGGCUCCAUUCUGCAUUGGCUUCGCUGUGACUGUGGACAUCCUAGCAGGAGGGGCUAUAUCUGGAGCCUGCAUGAAUCCUGCUCGAGCUUUUGGGCCUGCGGUGAUGGCCAACUACUGGAAGUACCAGUGGGUCUACUGGGUGGGGCCAUUGGCAGCCAGCCUGGUCGCAGGAGCACUGAUAAGGGUUCUCAUUGGGGAUCAGAAAACCCGCCUGUUUCUAAAACGCCUGUGA